AUGUGCAACAGCGCAACACGUAACCUUGGCCUUGCGUGCUUUAUGUAAAUUGCAAGUGCGCAAGUAGCGUCAAAUUUUUAUUUAAUAAAAUAUGGACGCCGACAGCAGUUCCCGUUCACCAAGAGAUACAAGGCGGCGGCGUCCACGCCAAAGGGAAAAGAUGCCAUAUUUCGCAGACGAAGUGCGUGAACGAGAUCGGGUGCGCAACCUGCGCACUCUAAAAACACAGAAACGCACACCCACGCCGCCACCCAGAGAGCGCCGGUCUCGACAUGAACGCCAGCGUCCAAGAUCUAGAACCCAUUCAGCGGAGAAGAGCUGCUGCCAGCGCCAGCGACGACGUUCCAAAAGCUAUGAGCGUCAUCGCUCCUCGCGUCGCCGACGUAGUCGCAGUCGCAGCCGGAGUCGGAGUCGCUCUCGACCACCACGAAUUAUAACAGUGCCCGUGCCAGUGCCUGCUCCAGAGUAUUCGUAUGCCUACGGCUGGCCGCCGCCGCCGCCGCGUCCACACUUUAAUCCCAUGUAUGGCGCGCUGCCCUUUGGAAUGCAGCCGCGUCCAGUGACGCCUUACUUUGCGCCGUAUGCGCGACCUCCGCCAUUUCGAUACCGAGCUGGUCCGUUCCGGCCGCAUCCGCGCUAUAGCUAUAGGAAUGAGCGGCAGGCGCCGAAUUGAAUUUUUAAACUUUACAUAAUUACAAAUUUAUUUACUCAACUGCUAUAUACAUUCGUGUGUUUUGUACAUUAAAUUAAUAAAUAAUACACAUGAAACUAAUAAGAAAACAUACAAAAAUA